AACUUCUAAUCGAUAAGUUGAAUUUUAUCAAAUUAUAGCUAAUUAUAAGCAAAAUAUUCCAACUGAAGUCGAGAUGAAAAUGGGCUUAUACAAGUUAUUUAGUUGUAAUGUCGAAAUACAGUACAAAAGUUAUUUUUUGUCUAAAGCGAUGUUGUUCACGUUGAUGACAACGUUAUUGACUAUAGUUUUACCAUUUAUUUUAGCUUACAGAAGCAGAGGAUUUUGGCUCAAGUCACACAGUUUUUACGAGCAGCCAACAGUCCACUUCACUUAUGAAUUCCUGCUUAUAGCAGAAACAGAGGACCCAAGUCAACCAAUAAUAUGUGGUGAAGCCAGCAUAUUAGAUGAUGAAGUCAUGAAUGGUGGAGAGAACUGUGCAGAAGUUCAGAUUCAAGAACAUGACUAUAACGAAGAUGGCAAGAAUGAUGUUGUGGAUAUCAAAUUCCUUCUUAAUAUUCCUCCUCAAAGGACAGUGGCCUCUGUCAUUGUCUUUUUGGCAUUGGACUACCAACUGAAGGCUGCAUGUCCACUACACAUGCAAAGUUUAGCAGUAAUUAACAGAGAAUUUGCGGUGCCUCCUUCAGGGCUGAAGUAUUUUGGAGACCUACAGCUUUACCAAGUAACUCAUUUGCCCUGCACACGGCAUCAUAUUGACACCAAAUAUAAUGUGUCUUUGUUUAAUUAUGUUAAGGAUAGCAAUGAAAACAUCGUGGAUUUUAUUUUGCAACAUUAUUUUAAUAGAGAAGUAACUACUGAAACUAAGGCCAUCUAUUCAAGAAGUCAGAAUGGUCACAAUGGAGCAAUGAACCUAGAUAUUCGCUUGAGAAUCCCAGAAGUAGAAAUACUUUACAGACCAAGUCUACUUCAAGAAUUAAAGUGGGCUUGGCCCCAGUAUCUCUCCAUAGCUUUGAUCUUCCAUUGGGUUUUUAAUAAGAUCAAAAAAUUUGUUUUCAAUAAUCGCCUACUAAUGGCCUGGGAAGUUAUACCUUGGAAAAAACAUUAGUCAUUUUAAAAAACUAAGAGUUCCUGAAGUAUACCAAAGAAGUACAAACAAGACUAGCAAUAAAGCCAAUCUUCUUCAUGUAAGACUAAAAUACAGUUAAUAAAAUACAAUUUAUAA